CACCUCCUUAUAGAGACCUUGGGGGUGGCAGGGCACUGUAUCGGCGCUGUUUUCCUGUGUGGAGGCCUGAGCAGGAAUCCCCUUUUGUGCAGGUGCACGCGGACAUGACAGGCAUGCCUGUGGUCCUGUCGCAAGAAGUGGAGUCUGUUCUUGUGGGCGCCGUCAUUCUGGGUGCCGGUGCCUCUGGGGAUUUCACUUCUGUACCGGAGGCAAUGGCUAGAAUGCGCAAAGUUGGGAAAGUCGUGUUUCCUAGACUGGAGGAUAAAAGAUACUAUGACAAGAAAUAUGAAGUAUUCCUGAAGCUGGUUGAGCACCGGAAGGAACAUGCAGCAAAUCGUGCAAGGAGACUUAACAGAUCCUGCAGGGGCCAGCGCCAGAAGGUUCGGGGACAUUCCAUUAGGGACCUCUGUCUUCUUAUCUUAUAUUCAAGACCCUUUAGGUAUCACUCUAUCACUUCUGUAUCAUCUUUUAAUAAAGACAACCGAGAUGUGUGCAAAAGAUAAAUAAAUAAUAACAAUAAAAAUACUACGUACACCUCCCAAUUCUGCUCUGCUUCCAAAUCAUUGAUAAAAGCAUUGCAUUGAAUGGAGCCAAUGACAAAGCCUUGUGACAGGUUCCUAGAAACCAGUCUUCAGGUGGGCAGUGAUCUGU